GUGACGUCACUUCUGGACGUCAAGAUGCGGCUCGGUGCGGCGAGAUGGCCAACACAAACAGUCCCAGCAUGUAAUAUGGUGCCCGCGAUGGAAGCCUGAACCCGGCCUCGUCAUCUCCACGACCACGACCGACGCGUUUCCGCUCCGCUAACCCGACGGGGGCGUUCGACCGGCGGCUGACGGCGUCGGCGGCGGCGCCCACCGCGAAGCUAGCGGUGCGUCUGGGGGCUCGAGCAGCCAUCUUUUAACGAGACAAAUGUUCGGGACGACGCGGCUUCGGCGGCGGGCCUGCUCGCUGGCCGGCCCCGGAGGCCGGAGCCUGGCGGCCGGGGUGCUUGUGGUGCUCGUGGCGGCGGCGGGGCUCCCCGGAGGCUCGGCGGCGGACAAGGAGUGCGACAAGCCGUGCGUGAACGGCAAGUGCAACGCGGCGACGGGCGGCUGCGUGUGUUCCCCCGGCUGGGUCGGGGACCAGUGCCAGCACUGCGGAGGAAGAUUCAGGUUGACGGCGCCCUCCGGCUUCCUAUCGGACGGACCCGGGAACUACAAGCACAAGACCAAAUGCACUUGGCUCAUUGAAGGACGUCCAAAUUCCGUCCUUCGCUUACGCUUUGAACAUUUUGCCACCGAGUGCAGCUGGGACCACCUUUACGUCUAUGAUGGCGACUCCAUCUACGCCCCCCUGCUGGCCGCUUUCAGCGGUCUGAUCAUUCCCGAGAGUUACGGCAACGAGACGGUUCCAGAGGUGGCGUCGCAGUCUGGCUUCGCCUUGCUGCACUUCUUUAGCGACGCCGCCUAUAACCUGACCGGAUUCAACAUUUCAUACAGGGUGAACACGUGUCCCAACAACUGCUCGGGUCGGGGCGAGUGCCGCCUAGCCGACGCCACGGGGGCGCCGCGGUGCCAGUGCCGAGACGGCUGGAAGGGCGACGCCUGCGACGUGCCUUACUGCCCUGACGACUGCGGGUUCCCCGAGCGAGGUCGCUGCCGGGAGAAGACGUGCGACUGCUUGCGGGGUUGGCAAGGCCCCGGCUGCUCCGUGUCCGUCCCGGCCGACUCGGGUUUCUGGAGCCGGGAAGCCUUCGCCUCCGAGCCGGGCCUGGCCAGGGCCUCGCACAAGGCGGUGGUGGAGCAGGGCGUCAUGUGGGUAAUCGGCGGAUACGUCUUCAACGCCUCCGACUAUCACAUGGUCAAAGCGUUUAAUUUAAGCAGCCAGUCGUGGCUGACGUUGGACCCGUCCGUCAACACCGUCCCACCUCGAUACGGACACUCGGUGGCGCUUCACGAGGGCAAAGUGUACAUGUACGGCGGUAAGAUGGAUUCCACGGGGAACGUGUCCAGCCAGCUGUGGGUGUUCCACGUCCAGAACCAGACCUGGGUUCUCCUGAGCCCGCGCAUCAAGGAGCAGUACGCCGUGGUGGGGCAUUCGGCCCACGUGGUAUCCCCCCUGCAGGAGGGGGACGCCCCCGUCAUGCUGGUGCUCUUUGGACACUGUCCUCUCUACGGCUACAUGAGCCUGCUGCAGGAGUACAACAUUCACCGCAACCAGUGGAGCGUGGUGCCCACCGACGGAGCCCUGAUCCAGGGCGGCUACGGCCACAGCAGCGUGUUCGACGACGCCACCCGGGCCAUCUACGUGCACGGCGGCUACAAGGCGUUCAGCGCCAACAAGUGCGGCCUGGCCGGAGACCUCUACCGGCUGGACGUGGACACCAGGAAGUGGACCAUUUUGAAGGACAGCGGCUCCUUCCGCUAUCUCCACACGGCCGUGAUAGUGAGCGGGACCAUGCUGGUUUUCGGUGGAAACACGCACAACGACACCUCCAUGAGUCACGGCGCCAAGUGCUUCUCCUCGGACUUUAUGGCCUACAGCCUGGCAUGCGACGAGUGGACGCCACUGCCGCGGCCUGAGCUCUUCCACGACCUAAAUCGCUUCGGCCACUCGGCGGUCGCCAGUGACGGGGUGAUGUACGUGCUGGGCGGUUUCAACAGUCUUCUUCUGAGCGACAUUUUGGCGUACACGUCCCCGCGCUGCUCGGCCUUCUCCAGCGCGGCCUCGUGCGCGCAGGCCUCUGCGGGCCUUCACUGCUUGUGGAACAGCAGCCAGGCUUCCUGCGUGCCUUGGGAGGGAAACGCCAACCCGGAGCAGCAGCAGCAGCAGCAGCAGAUGCUCCUGUCCUGCAACACCAGAUCCUAUGCUGACAACGAGCGCUGCGACCAGUACACGGAUUGUUACAGCUGCACGGCCAACACCAACGGCUGCCAGUGGUGCUCCGUACAGUGCGUCUCCCUCGGAAGCAACUGCACCGCCGCUUCGGGUCCCGUGCUGGACUUUGACAGCUGCCCAAAAGACAACCCGUCCUACGUUUGCAACAAGAAGACCAGUUGCAAGAGCUGCGCCUUAGACCAGAACUGCCAGUGGGAACCACGCAACCAGGAGUGCAUCUCGCUACCUGAUAACGUGUGCGGCGAGAGCUGGCACCUGGUGGGCAACUCGUGCCUGAAGUUUCUGACCGCCAAGGACUCUUAUGACAACGCCAAGCUGGCGUGCCGCGGCCACAGCGCCGUGCUAGCUUCCCUCACCACGCAGAAGAAGGUUGACUUUGUCCUCAAGGAGCUGCAGAUCAUGAGCGUGGUGUACAAGGCGAUGGUGACUCCCUGGGUGGGCCUGCGCAAGAUCAACGUGUCGUACUGGUGCUGGGAGGACAUGUCGCCGUUCACCAACACGUCGCUGCAGUGGCUGCCCGGCGAGCCCAGCGAUGCCGGAUUCUGCGGAUACCUGGCCGAGCCCGCCUCCAGUGGACUGAAGGCGCAGACCUGCAUCAGCCCCGUCAACGGGAGUCUGUGCGAGCGGCCGGCCAACCACAGCGCCAAACAGUGUCGGACGCCGUGCGCCACGCGCGCCACCUGCAGCGAGUGCACCAGCAGCAGCUCGGAGUGCAUGUGGUGCAGCAACAUGAAGCAGUGCGUGGACUCCAACGCCUACGUGGCCUCCUUCCCCUUCGGCCAGUGCAUGGAGUGGUACACCAUGAGCACGUGUCCACCCGAGAACUGUUCGGGCUACCGUACGUGCGGCCAGUGCCUGGAGCAGCCGGGUUGCGGCUGGUGCACGGACGCCAGCAACACGGGCAAGGGCCAGUGCAUGGAGGGCUCGUACCGGGGACCCUUCCAGACCUCCGUGCCGGCGCCCUCCACUCUGCCGGGCCUCCCCGCCGACCCGCCGCCCGCCCUCAACGCCAGCAUGUGCCCUGGCGAGGCCCUCUACAACUGGUCCUUCAUACACUGCCCAGCGUGUCAGUGUAACGGGCACAGCCGCUGCGUCAACGAGAGCGUGUGCGAGAGGUGCGAAGACCUGACCACGGGACGCCACUGCGAGAGCUGCAUCUCGGGCUUCUACGGAGACCCCACCAACGGCGGCAGCUGCCAGCCAUGUAAAUGCAACGGUCACGCCAGCAUGUGUAACACCAACAAUGGAAAAUGUUUCUGUACCACCAAGGGCAUCAAAGGAGACCGCUGCCACUUGUGCGAGCUGGAAAACCGUUACCAAGGCAACCCGCUGAAAGGCACCUGCUACUACACCCUGCUGAUCGACUACCAGUUCACCUUCAGCCUGUCUCAGGAGGACGACCGCUAUUACACGGCCAUCAACUUUGUGGCCACGCCCGAGGAACCCAACCGAGACUUAGACAUGUUCAUCAACGCGUCCAAGAAUUUCAACUUGAACAUCACCUGGGCCGCCAGCUUCACAGCGGGCACGCAGAGCGGCGAAGAGAUCCCCAUCGUGUCGCGCAGCAACAUCAAGGAGUUCAAGGACAGCUUCUCGAAUGAGAACUUUGACUUCCGCAACAGCCCCAACAUCACCUUCUUCGUCUACGUCAGCAACUUCACCUGGCCCAUCAAGAUACAAAUCGCCUUCUCGCAGCACAGUAACUUCAUGGACCUCGUUCAGUUCUUUGUCACCUUCUUCAGCUGCUUCCUGUCUCUGCUGCUGGUGGCCGCCGUGGUUUGGAAGAUCAAGCAGAGCUGCUGGGCGUCGCGGAGACGAGAGCAACUGCUGAGGGAGAUGCAGCAGAUGGCCAGCCGGCCUUUCGCCACCAUCAACGUCGCCUUGGAGACGGACGAGGAGCCGCCAGACCUGAUUGGAGGAAACGUCAAGUGCGUUCCCAAGCCGAUUGCGUUGGAGCCAUGUUUUGGGAACAAAGCGGCCGUGCUUUCCAUUUUCGUUCGUCUACCGCGAGGCAGCGGAGGAAUCCCGCCGCCGGGGCAGUCGGGUCUGGCCAUGGCGAGCGCUCUGGUGGACGUUUCGCAGCAGAUGUGUUUGGGCUUCAAGGAGAAGUCGGGAGGCCUGCGCAGCCGCAAGCAGCAGCCCAGCGCUCAGCCCUCCACCUGCAUCUGACCUCCCGGCGGCUCGGCCGCCGAACCCCGCCUCCUCCCUCCCUCGGAGACUUCUCACCCGGAAGUGGUGCAUGCUGCGGGACGCAGGAUGAGAAACAGUCUUGACCCCACUUUCAUGCUGCUAGAAGAGAUUGUUCGUCUCGUCCCAUCCAAGACUACUUGGUUUUCUCCUCGUUUUGUUUUUGUUUUUUUUGGGCUUAGUUGGAAGGACAUUUUUUGGAGCCAACAAUGACGGAGCCCCCGAGUAGCAUCCCUGAGGACUCCCCGGACCUCCUUACAAGCUUCCUCAAAGAGUCCAUCCUGUUCUGUUCCUAAUUUGAAAUACCUGGAGGACGGACGCUUUGCUCUCUCACGGAUUGGACGCAUCCCCAGAUGGUCGGAAGGGAUUCCUCCUCCAAAGGUAACCGUGGCGAUUGACGAGCUCCUGUUGGUCCAGGUCAGUCCGGCACCUUUUAGGCAAUGGAGUUAGCUCCAAGCUAGCUCUUUGCGUUGUUUGUUUUUAAUUGUGGGGGGCGGGGGG